UCCAACUUUAGGUUUACUACAACAACGUUAACUUCCUCAUUUCUCUUCCUCGCCGCCUUCUUUUAUUCUUAACAUUUCCACUUCACUUCUUCAAGGUGAACUAUGAAGGAGUUUUCUUCAGCGCAUUGCUUUUUGGUAGUAUGACCGUUGUGUGGCUCCUGCACAAAUACUGAUGGAUGUUAAUCCAGUUAGUAAACCACAUUGUAUUGCAAAAGCUGCAGUUGACAAGGAGAAGAAGACUCCCUUGGAAAGCUCAGAUGGGAAGAAUUCAAUGUGCAUGAAUGCUAAGUGCGAGGAGAGCAUCAAAAACAUGGGGGUUCUGUUGCAUAAACAAAAUUCGGCUCCCAAGAGUCCUGAGGACGUCGAGAUUGAUAUAAUUGGAUGCACAAGUAAUAAUGACAUCAGAACAGUUCAAACUGAGGACCCAGAUGCAACUGAAUAUUCGAGUUCUUUCGCCAACACUACAUCUGAUACUGAGAAAUGUUCUGGAUUGAAUGAUGCUGAAGUGGAAUCCCAGUUCGUUGGUGAUGCUGCUUUUGCAUCUGCUUAUGAAGCAUUUAGUAGUGUGUUUCAUAUGAGGAAGAAAAGGUUGACAAGUCAUUGGAGGAGCUUCAUUCGACCUCUCAUGUGGCGCUGCAAAUGGACAGAACUGAGAAUCAAAGAAAUUGAGUCUCAAGCACUAAAAUACACCAGAGAACUUUCAGCAUACGAUCAGAGAAAAUUUUCAGGAACUGAUCAAUCUACAUUGGAAGGUCUUGGUUCAAGGUCAUUGCCAUUUUCUAGUCAGUGUAACCGUAAAAAGGCCUUAAAGCGGAGGAGACGAAAGAGAAUUGAAGAAACAACUGAUAUAAUGUCGUACAUGUCAAGUCAUAACUUAUUCUCCUAUCUUGAAAACAAAAAAACCAUUCCAGAUGGCACUUGUAUUGCUGAUGAUUUUUCCAAUACAGCCAAUAUGGACCAACACACUGAUUGCAAUGAUAAAUUUGAUAUUGAUAAUGAUCCAUUGCUUUUGGAGUUCAGAGAUGGGAACAAUUCCUUGGAGCAAGUCCUGUGGAAAAUUGAAAUUGUGCAUUCUAGGGUUCAAAAACUCAGGAGUCAACUUGAUCUGGUGAUGUCCAGAAAUGCUUCAAAGUUUUCUUCCUCGGAGAAUUUGAGCCUCCUUGCAGCUGGUGAUGCUCAAACCAGCUCUGCUCCUAGCCUUACGUUUUCGGCUGGCAACGGAGACACAGUAUCAGCCGGACCAGCAUAUAAUACAACUCAGCAAAUUUCAGAAUAUGAUGUUGCAGAUCCCAUUAGGCCUGCAAGUGCUAUUUCGAGUUAUGGGGAGGCUUUCCAUGUUCCAGACAUAAUUGAAAGCACUGUUGGAUUAUUGUCAUCUGCUGAUGUUACCUGCCAUCAGCCACAAAUUGGAGACUCAUGUGAAGAUAUUGUGGAAAAUGUUCUGAUAAAAAAUGAAGGAAAUGCUGGAGAUAGACAGGUUUUAAUUAGGACAAACAGUGAACCUAUGAAGCAACAUCAUCAACCAAAGAAAGGUGAAGAAGAAGAGGGCACCAAUCCUUCUCCUAUUCCAACAUCAGAACCUAUUCAUGCAACAAAAAGCAUGGUGUGCACCAACCCUUCUUCUAUUCCAACAUCAGAACCUAUUCAUGCAACAAAAAGCAUAGUGUCUCAGGAGCAAUCAGCUUUGAGGUCAUGUCUAGCCACAGACAUCUGUUUCCCUAAGAGCAAAAGAAAGCGAGGGGAUCGUAAAGCUGGUUCUGGUGGUUGGAGCAAGAAACACUCAGCUGAGCCUGAUAGCCAAUGACUUCAUUGAAAUUUGAUGGUUCACUAAGCUUAGUCUUAGAUGGCCCAAAAAUUUUCUGCUAUGUCAAUCACAAAGGCAUUCAAUGGGCACUGUAAAUAAAGUACCGUGGUCUUGAUGCUCUAGAUAUGUUCAACUGGAACUCCUAGGCCUUGUUUUCUUUUUUUUUUUUGGUAUGGCCAUAGACUGGAUAGGGGAAAGAGUUGCAAGUGCUGGCAUUUAAAACCCAGACCAUUUCCAUGAUGAUGACGAUAGUCUGUAAGCGAAAACUAGUGUUAUGAUGUAGUUUCUUCCAGUUCAGAUUUGCUGACACCAUCAGCUACUUCUCCAUCCCAAUUUUGCAAUGCAACUUUCAUUGAAUUGAACGACUGAUGUAAAUUCAAUAGGCUUUUGUGCACUCCAAUCUGUUCAGUGGCUGAAGCAAAUGAGCUCCCCAAAGUUGAAAAUAAUUGUAUGCCUGAAAUCUUGGUUAUAUAGA